UCUCAACUCCAGGAUCACCUCAGCUCACUAUAUAAUACUUAGAGCUAAAGCAAAUUGAUAGAAUUGUAGAAGCAGAGUAGAGAAAGAUGGCAGAUCAAAAGUGGAGAGCUGUAGUUCCAAGAGUGAAACUGGGUAAACAUGGAUUUGAGGUCUCAAAGUUAGGGUUUGGAUGUAUGGGGCUUUCUGGUGGUUAUAAUGCCCCUAUUCCUGAAGAGGCCGGAAUUUCAAUCAUCAAGGAAGCUUUCGAAAGGGGAAUUACAUUUUUCGACACAGCUGAUGUUUAUGGCCCUCACACUAAUGAAGUCUUGGUUGGGAAGGCACUGAAACAAUUGCCUAGAGAAAAGAUCCAGCUGGCUUCAAAAUUCGGUGUUGUUCUUCAGAAUUCUGAUUAUAGAGGUGCUUCAGUUAAAGGCAAUCCUGAAUAUGUUCGUGCAUGCUGUGAGGCUAGCCUUAAGCGUCUUGACGUGGAAUAUAUUGAUCUCUACUAUCAGCAUCGUAUCGACACUUCAGUAUCAAUAGAGGAAACUAUGGGAGAGCUUAAGAAGUUAGUGGAAGAAGGAAAAAUUAAAUACAUUGGAUUAUCUGAAGCAAGUCCAGACACUAUAAAGAGAGCACAUGCAGUCCAUCCGAUUACUGCUGUGCAAAUGGAAUGGUCACUUUGGACUCGUGACAUUGAAGAAGAAAUAAUUCCCCUUUGCAGGGAACUUGGAAUUGGAGUCGUUCCAUAUAGCCCUCUAGGUCGAGGUUUUUUUGGUGGCAGAGCAGUUGUGGAAAGUUUGCCUUCAGAGACCAGACUGAAAAAUCAUCCAAGGUUCACAGAAGAAAAUAUUGAAAAGAACAAGGUGUUCUAUACUCGAAUUGAAAAUUUGGCGAAAAAGUAUGGAUGUACUCCAGCUCAGCUGGCCCUUGCAUGGGUUCUCAAUCAAGGGGAUGAUGUGGUUCCCAUCCCAGGGACAACUAAGGUUAAAAAUCUGGUUGACAAUAUGGAAGCAUUGAGAAUCAAGCUGACAAAAGAUGAAUUGAAGGAGAUCUCUGAUGCAGUCCCUAUCAAUGAAGUAGCUGGGAAUCGAGCUUACAAUGUCCAUCAUACCUUUAAGUUUGCUGAUACACCCCUACCUAAAAAUGCUCAACCAGCAACCUCUUAAGCUGUGGGAGCAAAGAUAAUGCAACUGCAUACUAUAUUGGAUAGCAGAUUCUGUUGUUGGGUUUUUUAGGAAUUCUUUCUUCUUAGUCUUAUGGAAUAAAUGUCUUAUGUUGCUUUCCAAUGUACCAAAAAAACGAAAAAAAAGAUCAAUUAUAUGAUUAUAUUACCACACACAGAAAAUUAAACAAUUUUUCAAUUAAAGUGUUUUAUCUCUUGGAAUUUAUGGCUGUA